CUUUCGGGAAAUUUCAAUGACGGUGGGUCCCUCACGGGCUUCCGUACCUAAACUACAGCGGAGGCGAGGUAAAUCCGAAAGUCUGGUAUCUCCGACGAUACCCCGCCCCCUCCCCAGUUGGCCACGCCCUGGUUGGAAUGUUGCGCUCUGGCGGGUUUGGUCCAUAUUCACGGUCCAUUGAGAAAGUAGCAGCGAUCCCGGCACUCUGAGGUUUGAGUGAGAGCAGCACUGAACCAACGCACAGCUUGUGGGUCGCUGCCAUUGUCUGGUACCGACACAGAACUGGAUUUACUUGCUCUCAGCCUUGUUACCGUUAUUUACGCAGUACUAGGGAAAGCCCAGAUAUCACCUGCCUGCACCCUCAGGAAUAGCCGACUUGGAGCGCACAGGGUGGGGACUCAUUCUAAGCAGUAGCCGCCCGGACUCCUUCGUAACAGUUAUCAGCCCGAGCAGUCUCUGGCUUCUCCUCAUUCCGGCAGCCUGGGGCAGCGCAUCACACUCAGGGCACCGGCUGCACGGGUAUAGAUCUCUCCCUGCUGGGCACCUCGUCGCAUCACAUCCACACUUCUCCAUACCCUAUGUGAACCCAUCGUCUUGCUUGAUCCCUGUGUGCCCUCCUGUGUACCCCCAGGGCUGACGACCGAUGUGGGCAUGUGGGCAGCUUGAACCUGCCUUGCCUGCCAGCCCCACCCCCUGCCUGGCCACCCUGACUGCCCAGCGCACAGAGAUGUCCAGAAGGAAACAGAGCAAUCCCAGACAGAUCAAACGUUCCCUUGGUGACAUGGAGGACACUGAAGACAAGCUUAUAGACGAGUCCAAUUGUUCUGACAAAGAUGGAGCCUCCUCUGAUCAGGAUGGAUCAGUGGAUUGUGGUUCUUCUAGCCCUGCCAACAGUGAUAGCAAUGAAGGAAACAGAUGCAACUCUGUGACUCAGUCUUUGGACCAAGAAACUGAAGAUGUGGCCUCAAAACCUUCCCUUGACGAGCUUGGUCAGGUCCUUACAUCUCCCUGUCCUUCAGAGGGAGAGUUAGCAGAAAAUGAAGAAAACACUCCGGUGCCUAGAAGCCCAUCCAGUACUAAAGAUGUUGAAGAACCACAAAUAUGGAAUGGGCCAGAUGAGCUUGAAUUGGAAAUUUCUUCUACAGAUGGAGUUGGACAUAUUCGUGCCCGAAGUCAACUGCACAAAGGUUUCUCUUGGGGACCCUACAAAGGGAAUUUCACUGGCUCCUCCUCUUCACCUGGCCCAACUGACUUGAAUGUCUCCCUUUCAUUGGAUGUGGAGGGUGAUUGCUGGCUGAAGUAUGUGACUUUAGUCUCCUGUGAAGCUGAAGCUAAUGCUGUUCUGUACCGGAAAGGUGACCAGAUCUGGUGCAAAACAUCACAAAUAGUUGAACAAGGUGAAAUGAUUCAAGCCUUCUUAAUGGCUGAGCCCCAGGCCAUUCCCAACUACACUAUCAAAGAGGAGCCAGGAGAGACUUCCCAGUGUACUUCUACUCUACCAGAGUUCCAGCUGCUCCCCCAGCAGGCCGGCAUGGCUGCCAUUCUUGCCACAGCUGUUGUCAACAAGGAUGUGUUUCCUUGUAAGGACUGUGGAAUCUGGUACCGCAGUGAGAGAAACCUUCAGGCACAUCUCAUGUAUUACUGUGCUAGUCGUCAAAGUUCUACUUCCCCGUCCAUGGAGGAGAAACCUAAGGAUUCAUACCCCAAUGAAAGAAUCUGCCCUUUUCCUCAAUGCAAAAAGAGUUGCCCUAGUGCCAGCUCGCUGGAGAUUCAUAUGCGAAGUCAUAGUGGGCCUGGAACAGGAGGGCCAUGCUGGAGGAACCUGCAAGGCGAGAGACCGUUUGUGUGCCUGAUCUGUCUGUCUGCCUUCACCACCAAAGCCAACUGUGAGCGCCAUCUUAAAGUUCACACAGACACCCUGAAUGGUGUCUGCCAUGGUUGUGGGUUCAUCUCAACCACUAGAGAUAUCCUAUACAGUCAUCUAGUGACCAAUCACAUGGUCUGCCAACCAGGAUCCAAGGUUGAUGUGUACCCUGUUGUAAAAGCAGUAGCCGCGGUCAAGUCAGCAAACCCAGCUGUGAGCCAAAUAGCCUCUUCCAGUCUUCUGAAAUGUGGCUUGUGUGGAUUUCUGGCAGAUGGACUUCCCAGCCUUCAGCAACAUGCACUCUUGCACACAACAAAUUCUUCACCGGCUGCCACUCAUUCUGUCAAGUCCCCAGCUGAGAAUCAAAAGGAAAAGCAAAACCUUGAAGGACAAGAAAAUGGAAAUGCCAAGUCACCUAUCUCAUCGUCAUCUUCUGGUAGUGAGGAGGCCCCUCUAAAACUCAAUAUAAAAGAGGAGCCAGAGAUGCAACACAGCAUCAGUGAAGCAGGAAGUACCAUUUGUGAGGCAAAAGAUGGAGUAGCAUUAGUGCAAUCACCAGCCAUAAAGGUGAAGACUGAAAUGUCUAGUCCUACUCCUGGGUCAAGCCCUGUUCCAAAUGAGACAGCAGCUGCUACUGGUGGAGGAACAGUAAUAAUCCCACACUAUGUAUUUGGGCAUGAGGCUACUGCAGCUAUAGUCCCUCAAGCAUCUGAGAUUCUUGCCAAGAUGUCUGAGUUAGUACACAGUCGUCUAAAACAGGGCCAGGCAGUUACUCCAGCAGGGUUUUCAGGGUCUUCUGCACCAAAAGGAGCUACAUGUUUUGAGUGUGAAAUAACCUUCAAUAAUAUUAACAACUACUACGUACAUAAAAGAUUGUAUUGCUCUGGAAGGCAUGUUUUAGACGAAAGUUCUAGCGCUGCUCGUAAAGUCAAGGCUUCACCAGCUAGAACAUCAUUAGCAUCUGGUUUCUCUUCUUCUGAGCAAGAAGCAUCCCCACCACAAGAAGAUGCAGGAGGAGAGAGCAGUACACCAGUUGUUGCAGUGAAAAUAGAGGAGAGCUCUGGCAUGGAUUGUGAAGGAACAGGAAGUGGUCACGUGAGUGAGGGCAGUCAGAGCCCCAGCUCAUUAGAUGAUCCUGAUGAAGACCCAACCCGUACAGUUUGUGAGGCAUGCAACAUCCGUUUUAGCCGUCAUGACACAUAUGUAGUGCACAAACGUUACUACUGUGCAUCACGACAUGACCCGCCAUUGCGUCGUAGUGGAGUAAACAAGACUGGGCCUCCAUAUGCCACUCAGCCAACUCCUCGCACAAGGAAACGGCGUAAGUUAUAUGAAAUCCAUGGUGUUGUUCCAUCAGAAUCCACUCCUCCCCAACCACAUCCUCUUGGAAGGGUAGAAGCUAUGGCACUGAUGCCAGGUCUAAUACCUGCACCUGCUGUGCCUUCCCCGAGUUCUAGCCCAGAUGCUGCUGAUGGGCCAAUAGAUCUAAGCAAGAAACCCCGAUUGGUGACAGAAGCACCAGUUCCAUCUCCAGUAGCCACUGUAGCACCACUUGCUGACUACCAUGAAUGCACUGCAUGUCGCAUUAGUUUUAACAGCUUAGAAAGUUACUUAGCCCAUAAAAAGUUUUCUUGCCCUACGGCACCUCUACAGCAAAAGGCCCUUCAUCAGCUUCAGAAAGUUAAAUCUCCUUCAUCUGCCACAGGAAAGCUUGUAGAUGAUACUGUUAAAGUUAAAGUAAAAGUGGAAAGUAGGGCAUCUAUGAGCCCAGGAUCUGUCAGUGAGACCACCCAACCUCUUGCUUUGCAACUCUCUGCUAUCUCAGACCCCAAACAACUUAAGCAUAUUUCAUCUGUCACAGAAACAUCCCCACCUGCAACAACCACUUGUCCCUAUUGUCCUCAUAAUGUGAUAAUAAGAGGAGACCUGCUUGAGCAUUUUAGAAGUGUCCAUGGUCUUUUGCUGGCAAAGCCAACUGCAGGGCAUAGAUUACAAACUACUUUUAUGGAGGUGUUGGUGCCUGCUCGUGGGCAAACAAGCAGUGCAUCAGAAAACAGUCUGCCAAGUCCACCAGUACCAUCUGCUUCACCCCUUCAGCUGCCGGGUCUAAGGAGGGAGAAUUCUAACUACAAAGAUACCACCUCCUCCUCUUCUUCUUCAGCAAAUGGUAGCCCUGUAUUGACAAGCACUCCCAGACCUAUUAUGCCAACUUCUCCUGCCCUUCCUUUAAAUUCUGUACCAAUGGCUGAAAGCCGAAGAGAAGAUGCACUCAGGGUUCCAAGCCAAGUCUUGCUUCCUGGGGACAAAGCAAUGCAGCCUCCCAAAACUGGUUUGACUUCUCAAGUGCCCAAUGGGAACCACAGGUACUGUCGCCUUUGUAACAUCAAGUUCAGCAGUCUGUCUACAUUCAUCGCUCACAAAAAAUAUUAUUGCUCCUCCCAUGCUGCAGAACAUGUGAAAUAACAGAGGUUAAACCUGUAAUAAAAUGGCUGGUCAUAAUGUGAGCAAAUGAACUAAGAAAAUUUGCAGUGAGUACAGUUUGGUCCAUGCCUUUUUGUAGGCAUCAAUUAAUUGGAUAGAUGUUAAAAUAGAAGGCCCUGUGUUAAAUGGACCUUUGUCUUUAAAGGCCCUUGGUUCUGUCAUUUGGAAGUACAGUAAAGCCUGCCUAUUUCAAAGACCCUGAGAAAACAUAUUCUUGAAGUGGAUCUCUGUUCUCAUGCCCAUAGGGUGGCAAUUUUUGGAACUAGUAAACAAACAUCAAAGAGGGACAAUGGUUUCUACAUAGUUUGGUCCUCCCCUCAAAGACAAUGGUUUAUGUUCCAGUUGCAUCAAAAUUUGCACUGCUUCACCACUCGUUGCAAAACACAAAAUGAAAAGUUUGAAUUUGUUUAUUUUGUACCUGCAUUCAAUUUGUUAAGCACAAAAGAGAAAAAAAAACCUGUUACAAAGGACAUAUUCAAAUGAAGGCAUACGUGUCUUUGUUACAGGGUUGGGAAGGGAAUAACUGUUUUCUAGUAAGUUAUUUUUGAGAUGUAUUUAAAAGAAAUUUUAAAGAAAAACAUUUAAAGUGUUUUUAUAAUGUAAGCUCUUUUGAAAAUAUUCAAAUUCAUGGGGUAUUCCUCCAGCAACGUUAGAUUUUUCCUACGGCAACUUCAUGGUAUUACUGUCAGGUCGUUGUACUAAUAUAGGGAUACUUUAAUGAAUUCAAGUAGCUCUGCCUCCUGGCCAGUAGUCUCUGGUUUAUAAGUACACUUCUGUUAAUGGAUAUCUAUUCUUGGAUUUCUCAGGUUCCCGUGGGAUUUUAAAGAAGCAGGGGGCUUGUAUUACUUUGAGAAUUCACAGUGUAAAAUUUACUUAAAACAAUAAAGUGGCUAAAAAUGAUUGUGGCCUAAAGUAAAGGGAGGAAGAGGUAACCAUGGAAACUUGCACGCCACCUUUUCAUAAAUAAAGCCAUAACUACUGUUACCUGUCAAGUUUUUUUUUUACAGUGGAAGGAACUGCUCUGUAGGUUCUGUGUCACUUUGUUAGCAUUACAAAACAGAAUAUUAGACCAGACAUUUAGGUAUAUGGCCAGGCUUACUAAUUGAUAUGCUCAGAUUAUACUGUCCUAGUGUAUUGGAAACAGCACAGAGAGCACCAGAAGGUAAUAGAAUUAUAACCUUAACUGACAGGAGGGCUGUAUUGCUAACCAUACAGCAGGAUAUUGAUGUUGGCUUCCUUUACUGCAAAUGGCUUCACAAGUGACUGGUUUUAUGUAAUAACACAAGGGCUUAAAGAACUCUCACAGUCACAUACCUGUAGCAUUCACGAAAUGCACUGGCCUGAAAAGAAAGGAGGUGUUUAAAGCACUAUUUAGAGCAGGAGAGUGAUAAAGUUACCUUCUGAUCCCAGGGUUGUUAAUGUCUUUUUUUUUUUUUUGUUUUGUUUUGUUUUUAAAGGUAUUUUUACAUGGCAUUAUAUAAUGACCAAAACUGGAAAACAAAAUGUGUUAAAAUAGUCCAUAAAAGUAUAUUUAUAUAUAAUAUAGAUACCAAGAGCACUGAUUCACAAACAAAACACACGUUUCUGGUGACUAACAGUGUGUAUAAAUCUGUACAUAAAUAAAAACCUGUGUAUAACAA